UGUGGGCAUCCAGCUGCGCUUUGUCUGCAGUCUCUGGUCAUCUCCUGUACUAUGUCCGCAGUCUCUGGUCAUCUUCUGUACUAUGUCCGCAGUCUCUGGUCAUCUCCUGUAGUAUGUCCGCAGUCUCUGGUCAUCUCCUGUACUAUGUCGGCAGUCUCUGGUCAUCUCCUGUACUAUGUCCGCAGUCUCUGGUCAUCUCCUCUACUAUUCCUGCAGUCUCUGGUCAUCUCCUGUAGUAUGUUCGCAGUCUCUGGUCAUCUCCUGUAGUAUGUUCGCAGUCUCUGGUCAUCUCCUGUACUAUAUCUGCAGUCUCUGGUCAUCUCCUGUACUAUAUCUGCAGUCUCUGGUCAUCUCCUGUAGUAUGUUCGCAGUCUCUGGUCAUCUCCUGUAGUAUGUUCGCAGUCUCUGGUCAUCUCCUGUAGUAUGUUCGCAGUCUCUGGUCAUCUCCU